AGCCAUCUUCAAUUUGCUCCCAGUAACAACUCAACAACAGCAUCCAGGAACAUUUUGCAGGGCGACUUUGUCAAACUUCCACGGUCGCCAGAGGAGAUUGACUUAAGAUGACAACUUCCCUCCUUCUUCGAGAAACCGCGUUUGGUAGAGUUCUUGCGAGCAUUAGCCCGGGUUCCCUGUCGUCAACAAUAUCCAAACCCUCAUCCAAGAUCGAGAAUGGCCUUUCAGCUUUACAAACUACCACACCAAACGGAGUAGAAUCUUCUUCAAGCACAGAAAAGAACACAUCGGAUGCAACGCAGUAUCUCGUUGACUGGAGCGGCCCUGAUGAUCCGUCAAUGCCGGUCAAUUGGCCACUAGCCACCAAAUUGCUUGUCUUGACAAACGUCAUUCUGGUGAAUCUGAGUUUUUACACUGCGCCAGGUAUAUACACUGCAAGUAUUCCAUCAAUCGAAAAGAAAUUUGGCGUUUCGGAAGAAGUGGGAAUACUUGGGCUGGCAUUGUUUGUUAUUGCAUACGGCAUUGGCCCUCUUAUUCUAUCCCCUAUUUCAAAUGUUCCAUCAUUUGGCCGUACUCCAGUUUACGUUCUCGGAUCUCUAGCUUUUUGUCUUUUCUGCAUCGGAUGUGCCCUUGCUAAGAACAUCGAAACCAUCCUGAUACUGCGCUUUUUUGGUGGUAUCGUAGGGACUUCGCCAACAUGCAUAGGCGGUACCACUCUAGCAGAGGUUUUCGGACCUCGUGAAGUCCCUUAUGCUAUGGCAAUGUACGUUUUCAGUGGGCUAUGUGGGCCAGUAUUCGGACCACUUCUCGGCACCUCAGUCAUCCUGCGCUGGAACACCUGGGCAGCAGCGCUUUGGUUGAUAGCUGGAAUGUCCGCACUCUCCACCGUUUUUCUCUUCUUUUUUCUUCCAGAGACCCUACCUGCCAAUAUUCUGCUACGGCGUGCAAAACAGCUUCGUGAAACAACCGGCGAUUCAAGAUACCACAGUCCAAGCGAAACAAAGAAUAAGAAGGGCAAUGUUUUCGUAGAAAUGAUUGAGCAAAUUGCAGUCGACUUCAGACUAUCCUUCAUUGACCCGAUCAUUCUGUUCGUGAACAUACAUACUAUGCUUAUUUAUGGUAUCCUAUAUCUUUGGUUCGAAUUUUUUCCCUAUGUGUUUGAAGAUAUUUAUGGUUUCACGCAGCUUGAACAAUGUUAUGCUUUCUUCGGUAUUCUUGUUGGCGCCAUGAUAUCGGUUGGCUCAUACAUGCUUUGGAUGCGCCUUUACUUUCAACCACAUUUACAGAAAAAGCAGGAUGAAGGGCAGACCGUCGAUCCGGAAGAACACAUUAUUCCUGGUGCAAUUGGUGCAAUUUGCAUACCAAUCUGCAUGUUCAUAUUUGCAUGGGGGUCCCGUAAAAGUGUUCAUUGGAUAGUGCCCGUUAUUGGGACCGCUUUCUUUGCACCAGGAUUUCAUCUCACCUUCCAAACGGUUUUGAAUUACCUAGGACAAUCAUACCCCCGACACGUUGCCGGCGUGUUCGCUGGAAACGCUUUUUUCCGCAGUUCAUUUGGGGGAGCACUGCCCCUUGCGGCUACUCGCAUGAUACAGACCCUCGGAAUUGGAUGGGCGGCGAGCACUUUGGGGUUUAUCGCUGUUGCAAUGAUACCGCCCUUGUUCGUAUUGCAGAGGUACGGAAAAAGGUGGCGCUCAUUCAGCUCAUAUGCAAAUUAGAAAAAGAAGCACGAAAUAAUUCCCUUUCCCUCCGAUUUCAUCGCAUGCUGUUUUAAGAUGCUUGAUUCAUCCAAAAGUCUUCUGAGCGGAACAGUGCUUCAUCUGUGAAGGUGAACUUGAGAAGCUCUUUAACCUGUAUCUCUAAGUUAUACAAUUCGAUCCUUCGUUUCAGAUAAUAGAUAGAAAAAAUGUACUGCGAUAUUGAUGUUCAACAGUGGAAAA